UUUUUCUUCACUCAUUUCAUUUGCUUCCUUCCCUUCGCUGCUGCCGGUUAUCUAAAAAAAAAAAAUUCUUCAAUUCUCAUUUACUUCAUAUUCACAAUUCCUCUCAUUUAACUAAAUUAAUCAACUACAUUCUCAUCUUCUCCUUCUUUACUUGUUCAUAUUCAUCAUCAUUUAAGUGUAUUGGGGUGAGGAAGUCAUGAUAUUGGUUGCAAAUUGGUAGCAAAUUGGUGGAGAUAUCACAUGAAAGAUCAUUAUCCCAUUGAAAAACAUGUUGAAUUGGUUGCAAAUUUGGAUAAUGCGAGGGAAGUCAUGAUAUUUUUAUGAUUUUUAUAACACUUAUGGCGAUGAAAAACACGUAACAGCGAUCAUGGCGAUGCCGGGCCCAGUUGAUCCAUCAGUGCUUACGCUUCAGGCGACACACAGGAGCGUAGCUGCGUGGGAGGGCUCCACUGCCCAAUUGGUUACUCGUCAGCACUACCAGGCGAGUACGUUACGGUGGGAGGUGGAUGACAGGGUAUUAGACGUAGUCGAGCUAGCUGGUUUCAGAUACAUUCACCGGUUGUUGGGCGGGGGCUUAGAGCUCGAUCGAGCUCUUAUCACUGCAUUGGUGGAGAGGUGGAGGCCGGAGACACAUACCUUCCACCUCACAGUUGGCGAGGCAACGAUCACGUUGCAAGAUGUGGCAGUUAUCAUGGGACUACCGGUUGAAGGACAAGCAGUCAUUGGUCAUGGGGAGGGAAAUUGA